AUGUCUCUAUCAACGUCUGGUGAGCGGCUUCGGAAGCGCCGGGCCAUCAACGCAUGUAUCUCCUGCAGAUCGUCGAAAGUAAGAUGCGACGGCAAACAACCCUGCAAAAGAUGCGAUAGGAACGAUGCACGUUGUCAAUAUCACGAUGCAGCAGGCAAAGAUCCCAACACGCUCCGAAUCGAGAAGCUUGAGCUUGAGGUAGCUCGGUUACAGAAUCAGCUGAGAGAACAAGAAGCACGGUCGGCCUCUCCGCUAGAAACUAUCCACUCUCGUGCUACGCGCGACCUUGUGCAGACCGGGGCUUUGGCAGAUGUACAUCCUCAGUCCGGAUCCAACGCUUUUCAAAAGGGCUUUGUUACUUACGACAAAGCUUGUGCUUACUUCAGAAGAUUCUUCGCCGGUAGUCACUACUUAGUACCUAUAUUCUCAGACAGUAUCGAUGUAAUCACCUCAGUUGCAUCACGCAGCGCUUUCCUUUUUGAUGCAAUAGUGAGCGUCGGCUGCCGUGCGGAGCAAGGAUUCGAUUCUGUAGCAUUCCGGCAGUUGCAAUCUGGUCUUAGCGAGCACCUGACUGAUAUGCUUGUGAAAACCGAGCAACCUUGCCUGGAGGACGUGCAAGCUAUUACCUUGAUGGCUGCGUAUUCGGAGAACGGAUACAUCUUGGUCGCGCUCGCAUUACGAUUUGCUAUCCAACUGGGCCUGCACAAAACUGUCCAUCGACUGCUUGAUAGCGCCGAAGACCAAGAGCAUGUGAGUGCCGAGGAACGAGAGUUGUAUCGGCUUCAGCGUGUGUGGCAUGGCAUUUGCAAUCUUGAACUAUUCUUUUCACUUGAUGGUGGCCACACUCCAAGCAUAAAGCCACGUACAACGCCACGCAAGAUUCGAUUUCUCCUCAACCAUGUAGAAUGUACACCGGUGGACGUUCGACUUCUUUCUCAGGUGGAACUCAACUUGAUCCGUGCAGAUGCAUACCGCGACGUCCUCGAGCACAGUGGACCCUUGCUUUUGGAGAGUGAAGAUAUCCUUCGAUCCAAAAUUUGCGACACAAAUAUUGAGUUCUCAUUGUGGCUCAAAGAGUGGACCAAUGUCAUUUCAGAGAAGCCAGUCCCUGAGUGUGCGCUUGCGCUUCUAAACCUCCACAUCCAAUACGACUGGGCUCUUCUCACACUUCACCUGAAAGCAGUCUCGGUUUCAGGCAUUGAUAACCUCGCCAUCAUGACCGAUUUCCAGAAGGAAAUGAUACAUAAGGCGAAAGAAGCAUCAACAAGACACUUGCAUCAUUUGUUGGAAGCUUCUGUGUCACCAUCUUCGCCAUGUGGAUCAGCGCCCGCCUAUCUCAACACCUUCAAAUGGACCAUGGACUACGUUUGGGCCAAGGGUGCUUUUUCAGUACUCCUCGUACUGAAGCUUGCCAUCCUGCUCCGCGACCCUAUCACCCACAUCAUGUCGCUGCUUCAUGACGCUCACCGCGUCCUUGAGGAACUCAAGAAGGUAACGAUUGGGCAUAUACCAUAUUUCCAGAUACUUCAAACCAGUAUCGAAAAGUGCGAGGCAGCCAUAGCGGACUAUUCUACACAACAAGCUACCUCGGAUGCGGAUCUGGCUAUCAGUGGUCCUGCCGAGAGCGAUUUCCAGGGUUACGCACCAAACAACUUUACGUUCGAGUGGGACUUCCCUGGCCUACAUCUCAAGCAUAUGCCGCUUGGGUGGCAGGACUUGUUUGUGGAUAUUGAAAAUCUUUUCUGA